GAAAGUAGGGCUUAAGUAACUCUCGGUGUCACCUGGAUUACCCACGUGCUUAAAGCCAAGCAGAUGUGAUCUACAACUCACAGAGAUUAAACGUGAACUAUCAAGGUGCUAUGUUCAGAAACUCCCUUUUCUGACCAUAAUCAAACUUCAUAGCAGCGAUUAUUAUUAUUGCUACCAUUUAUUAUUUGUAUGGCUGGGUUUUUCUAGGUGUAUUUUUCUGUAUUCUGAGCUCCAUGAUUAAAGUAUGUUUGCAAAUCACACUUUUUAUUGCCAAUAUUUCAGAGCGGGAUGGAUGAGAGGAAGCAGAGAGGAGACGGUGCAACCUUCUCGGCCACAGACGACAGCAGGAGGUCCGAGCUCAGAAUCAUCCUCGUUGGCAAAACCGGAGCUGGGAAAAGUGCCACGGGAAACACCAUCCUCGGUGAAAAAACGUUUGAGUCCAAACUCAGGGCAAACACACUAACUCUGACUUGUGAAAAGGGGCGAAGGAGCUGGAAGGGGAGGGAACUCGUGGUGAUUGACACACCUGCCAUCUUUGACCAGGAGGCUCUCGACAUAACUUGUCGAGAGAUUGUUCAUUGUGUCAGGCUCUCCGCCCCAGGCCCACACGUGCUGCUGCUGGUGACCCAGCUGGGCCGUUACACUGCAGAAGACAAGGAAGCUGUGAAGAAAGUCUGGGAGAUUUUUGGAGAUGGAGCCAUGAGGCACACGGUCGUCCUGUUCACCCGGAAAGAAGAUUUAGCGAUCGACUCCCUGCAUGACUACGUGAGACACUCAGAUAACAAAGAUCUUAAGGGGUUGAUUCAACAGUGUGGAAACCGCUACUGCGCUUUCAACAACAGAGCAACCGGGGCAGAGCAGACGGAGCAGGUUUCGGAGCUGGUGGAAGUGAUCCAGACAAUGGUGCAGGAGAACGGGGGCCGAUAUUACACCAAUGAAAUGUACCUGGAGCCCCGUUUAACUGAGCAGAAAGUGAGAGAUUACAUAGGAUUCAAUAAGAGAACCAGGCUGAGGACUGUGAAAGCUGCUUGUACCAAGUAUAGGAACGUGAUUUGGGGCUUUGGGAUCGCUGCGGUGGUUGUUGUUACUGUUGUACCUCUCCUGAUUUACCUUGAUCACUGUUAGAAAUAAUCCAGGACACUCUGGAUGCAGCCUGAGCUGACUGCUUCCCCCACCGGACACAUUUCUACUAGUGUAUCACACUCAGACCAAAGUGUGGCUUCAUUUCCAGUGACUUCAUUUUAUCAUUCACUUAGACUCUGCUGUGUGAGGUCAUAGUUAGCUCACGUGCUCUGUCCUAUAUAACCAUUGUAUGCUAAAUAGACUUCACUGUAUACUGCUAAGGUUGGUGAAUCUGUCAAAGGGACGCGUAUGCAUUGGGUAUCUAAGCAAGGACUGGAAGACAAGGCGUAGCGGCUGAAACCUGUAUUAUGUCAACUUAACCAAGGGGUUAAGUAUUACCACUGGGUAAUACUGUGAAAAAGGAACAGUCAGAACAGUGUUUCUUACCACGUACCCAAUAGUUAUAUUUUUCCAACAUACACCAUAACUGUGGGAAAACAGCAGCAGAAGCUGUCCGUCUUCUGAUGAUCAAGGCAGCCAUCAGGCCGUAACACCAUCAUUAAGGACACGAGUAAAACUCUAGUUGGAACUUGUGCCUAACUCUGUAUCAAAUGUCUGUUUGCCUGGGUAACCAUCACAGGAGUGUUGACUUUCACAACAUUUGUAAAACUUUAUUAGCAAUAUCUGUUAGAAUCAUGUAAUUACACAGAACCAGUUUCUACACAGUUACCUUGGAUUUAGAAUGGCUAACAGAUUUAGAGCGCCAUUAAGCGCGGUAGUAUGGGUGUACAGUUGUGCAAAUGCUCUUAGCCUGCGUUUGUAAUGGAGUGUCUCCGUUAGUUUCAGGGAAUACUCUGGGUUUACAGCCUGGUACCCGAGAGAAGACUUUGUUCCUUUGCCUGGAGCCAAGAGCUCUAUCCAGAUCUCGUGUAAAUGUAGAGUGGCUCAGACUGGAACAUCAAAUAUGGCAGUGUUUUUACUGCUAAUGAAAUCUCAGACAUUUACAGGGCAAAGUUCAGAGCAGGUGUAAGUGGGUGAAACUCUAUUGACCUUACAGGAAGAAUUGGUCUGGCCCAGUUGCUGCAGUCUCUUUUGAUAUUUUGAAAGGCAAAUUUCAUGCCUUCCCCCCAAAAUGUUCAGAUUUGCAGAAAACUAUUUCCUUAGGAGAAUGGGGAAGCACU